AUGCCGAUCGACCAAGAAAAAUUAGCAAAGUUACAAGCUUUAAGUAAUAAGAACAAAGUUGGAGGUGCCAGAAGAAAGACUGGUUCUAAAGUUGCUGGUUCUGCCACUGCUGUUGCAAGAGAUGAUUCCAAACUUUAUUCCACUAUUGCGAAACUAAAUGGUGUCACUGUUGACAAUGUUGCUGAAGCCAAUUUUUUCCAUGAAGAUGGUAGUGUGAUGCAUUUUAGCAAAGUUGGUUUACAAAUGGCUAAGGAUUAUAACACUAGUGUAGUAUAUGGUCUUCCAGAAAAGAAGAAACUUGAUGAAAUGUUCCCUCAAAUUCUUCCUCAAUUAGGUGCAGAAGCUUACCAAGCUUUAGCUCAACUUGAAGCUCAAUUAAAGGAAUUCGAUGAGAAGAAGAAGAAUGAAGAAGGCGCUAAAGUUGAAGAUGCUAACUAA